UAUGCUCUUUCAUUUGAUAGAGAGAGAGAGAGAAAGCUUCAUCUCCGUCAUUAACUCAUUAUCUCCUUCUUCGUAACACGCAUUGACUCUAGAAAGUCGCCCCAUAACACAUCAUCAAACCAUACAUAGAAUCCCACUCACAGCAUAUUUCUUUCUUCAGAUUUCAAAACCAACCCGAUGGACGACAAACCGGAUCCUCGACCCGGUCCAAAUGCCGAUCCCACUCCCUCCUCCUUCCACCGCCGAUCUCGCUCCGACGACAUGUCGAUGUUCAUGUUCACGGAUCCGCUCAUCUCCGCCGCGGCACCACCUUCCUCCGACGACCUUCCCUCCGACGACGAUCUCUUCUCUUCCUUCAUCGACGUCGACAGCCUCUCCUCAAAUCCAAAUCAGCCAAUCUCAUUUCCAGAUCACGCCGCCUUUCCUCCGUCCUCCUCGUCUCGUCCUCGCCACCGUCACAGCAAUUCCGUCGACGCCGGAUGCGCAAUGUACGCCAGCGACGAGAUCAUGGACGCGAAGAAAGCUAUGCCUCCUGAGAAGCUCUCUGAGCUCUGGAGCAUCGAUCCCAAACGCGCCAAAAGGAUCUUAGCGAAUCGUCAGUCCGCAGCUCGCUCCAAGGAGAGAAAAGCACGAUACAUUCAAGAGCUCGAGCGUAGAGUCCAAUCGCUUCAAACCGAAGCCACCACUCUCUCUGCUCAGCUCACUCUCUUCCAGAGAGAUACAAAUGGACUAGCAAACGAGAACACAGAGCUAAAGCUCAGGCUACAAGCAAUGGAGCAACAAGCUCACCUUCGUAAUGCUUUAAACGAGGCAUUGAGGAAAGAAGUGGAGAGGAUGAAGAUGGAAACGGGAGAGAUCUCUAGUAAUUCAGAUUCGUAUGAUAUGGGAAUGCAGCAGGUUCAGUAUUCUCCUUCAACGUUCAUGGCGAUACCACCGUAUCAUCAUGGCUCGAUCAACAACGGCCAAGAUAUGAUGCAGCAGAUGCGAGGGUUCAAUCAAAGCCGUCCGAUGGAGAUGUCGAAUUCUCAGAGCGUGUCGGAGUUUCUGCAGAACGGACGGUUGCAAGGUCUAGAGAUAAAUAGCAAUAAUAGCUCGAGCUUGGUUAAAUCUGAAGGACCUUCGCUCUCUGCUAGUGAGAGUAGCUCUGCGUAUUGACAAAACAAAAAAAAAGACUAAGGGGGGCUGAGAAUUACAUCUGUUAUAGGAUUUUGAAUUCAUUUGAUUUGAUUCACUUUGGAUUAUUUAUCAGUUCUUUUUUCUUAUUUAGUUGGAGUUAGAAAUACCAAGAAAGGAGGUACAGUAUAAAGAUUUGUGUUGGUUUGAUGUUGUUAAGUUGGUCACUGUGAGUUGUAUUGUUUUGUUACUUCCAUUGUUUGUUGUUCAAGAAACACGGAGAUUCUUAAUAAAUUCGUUUGAUUUGAUUCA